CAUAAUAGUGUAUUAAUCGCUUUUAUUUUUUUUAUAUCUAGGUCCUACAGUUAAAACGACAAACAACUUUAUAACCUUUUGGCAAAUGGUGUGGUAUGAACAAUCAGACGUUAUUGUAAUGCUAACAAAUCUUCGGGAAUUAUCGGGAAUGAAAUGCGAACAAUAUUGGCCGGGGUCAGAAAAAAUAACAUAUGGCGACAUAUGUGUUUCCAGCAUGAAAUCGGAUAUAUUUGCUGAGUAUACAGUCAGACGAUUUCAGUUGCUAAAGAAAAACGAAAAGAGGUAUGUUACACAACUUCACUUUACUGCAUGGCCGGACAAGUCAGUCCCAGAGGAUGUCACGAGUUUGAUUGAAUUUCGACAGCGAAUGAUUCAAACACCAACACAUUUUACUGGACCUGUAAUCGUGCACUGCAGUGCUGGUAUAGGAAGGACUGGAACUUUUAUAGCAUUGGACAGACUAAUACGAGAAGGACACACCAAUCAUGACUUAAACGUAUUUGAAUGUGUACAACAUAUGAGAGGGCAACGUGUUAAGAUGGUGCAAACGCUCGAGCAAUAUAUUUAUGUCUACAAAGCACUUGUUACUGCACUGACAUUCGACUGUGAAGCAAUUUCGUUGUCGUCUUUGCAUGAGUACACUGAAAGGACAAGUAAUAAUGAGUACAGCAAACUUUUUCAGCAAUUGCAUCAAACCGUGGAGACGCAAAAGAAAAAUGAGCAAGAUGCAUGCAGACGAAAUGAAAAACAAACCAAGAAAAAUUGCCCAGGAGCUGAUAUACCAGGUGACAUGUUUCGUGUUUAUUUGCGUUUACGGAGGGGAAAAGAGGAUUCUGAUUAUAUUAACGCUGUUUUCAUAAAUAGUUUUACAAAACCAAACAACUUUAUAAUGGCCCAGUCACCACUACCUAUAACUGUUGAGGACUUUGUCUCUAUGGUUUAUCAGGAAGAUUGCAUAUGCGUUGUCUCUUUAGAUGACAUGAAUGUAUCAGAAAUGUCAGUUGGCAAAUACAUUCCUGAAAGAAAACAAAAGCUGAACUAUGGAAAUUUCAUUGUUUCUAGCUCGUUAAUUCAACAGAAAAAGCACUUUGUUUUGAAGAAACUUACUAUAUCCCAUCAAGACAAGUCGUCCAAAUGCGGUACAAAAAGUGUAUACCACUUCCAAUACACACAAUGGCUUGCAGAGAAGGACACUCCAGAGUACACAGAAGAUUUUGUGCAGUUUGUAUGCGAAGUUCAGCAAAAAGCAAAAGAACAUGGCGACAAGAAAUUUCAUAUUCUUGUCCAUUGCCUCAAUGCAAACGAGAGGAGCGGUUUAUUCUGUGCUUUGGCAAUUAUAUUCGAGAAACUGAAGUUAGAGGGUCAUGUCAGCGUGUUAAGUACACUAAGACAUCUCAGAACAAGGAGACGGACAGCAAUUAUUUCAAUGGAACAACUCAGAUUCUGUUUCGAAGCAUCAAGUAUCUAUACUAGAUUAUUAGAAAUAGAUGAAAGACAAAUAAACGAAAAUCAGUAGAUGUUCGUUCGAUAAAUGAGCUUUAUUAAACUUGAAAAAAAAUAUAUUUCUGAACUAUUUAAUCAAUCAUAUAAUCAUUAAAAUACUAUGAAUUUGAAUAAUGAAAGUUGAAAAGGGAAUGUAUUAUAUACAGGUUGAAAAAUUGAAUGUAUUGAGGUUUGACCAAAAUGCUAUCUUAUUGUAAUUCCAAUUAAUGAAGGGAUAUUAAGAUUUUAAGCCUCGCGUGAUUUGUGGAUAGAAACACUUAAAGCCGCAUGCCCCCGAAUAAGCCCAAAUAGUUAAAAAAAAAUUAACUUGAGAAAAAUGUACUAACAUGUUAAGAAAAGUAUAAAAAGCAAGAUAAAAGUAAUGACUUUUAUGUUAUGUACGGUUAAUCAAUGAUUUUUCAGUAUUUAUCAACAUUUUUGCAUACUGUGACCUAUAUAUUGGUACUAGUGUCGUCGUUUGCAAUGUGAAAAUUACUUCCUUUGCUCACUUCAUCAUUAUAUUAUACUUAAAAAAAUCUUCUUUUUUCGUGAAAACUAGUAUGAAUCUAGAAGCAUGCUGAUUUAAUUUCACAUAAUGUAACAACAACCGCUGAUUAUACCAGACGGUCCGUUCGUGCUUACCGAGUGUCAAGUUCCGGCUUUUUAUUAUUGAAUAGAAUGUUUUAGAUAUGUAUUUUCUAUAUUGAUUAGUUCGGUAUAAUUACGAAAUAACAAUCACCCUCUACUAAUGGUGAUAAAGCUUAGAAUAUAUCACUGACAUGGAAAUGUUAACAUCGAUGUUCGCAUAUUUAUUAAUCAGUUUUUGAUAUUAUCAUUGAUUUUAUGCAACGGAAUACAUGCAUACACCAAUUUAAAAUUUUGAAUUUAUUAUUUCUUAAUUCUUGGAUAAGGAUAUUGCCUUAAAUACAAAAGGAACAAUAAUGUUCAAUGCUUUUAUUGUUUCUAAAUGACAAUCAUCUUUUUUUGCCGUAAUAAUUAUUGCUGCGUUAGUUUUAAAUGUAUAAUAAUAAUAUGCUACCAUGCUACAGAUUCAUAGAAUUGAAUAGGUAAUUUUUGUUUAGUUAAAUACAUGCAUUUAGUUUCCUGCAACAUUUUGAUAAUAACUGCAACAUAUUGUUUCCAAAAAAAGGUCUAUUUUUUCAUUGAAAAAUAACAAAACAAAAUAAAAGAAAGAAAAAGCUGUUUCGUAUGAAAUGGUCAUUACUAUUCAAUAUAUGUGUAUAUUUUCUUUAUAAUUUUAUAUAUUUUAAGUUAUUUUCAAAUAUUUGGACUUUAAGCAUCUUUUUGCUCUUAAGACACAUUUGUUGGGAAACAUAAUUCAAAAAAAUAGUGAGAUAAAUAUCAAAUAUAGUUGCUACAAUUUUUUCACAAAAGUGUAACAUGUAAUAGAAAGAGCAUCGAAACACGAGGCUAUCUGAUAUGUACGAGGGGGCGUAUCCCCCGAGUAUUAACCAGAUUGCCGAGUGUUUUGAUGUUCUUUCUCUUUUGUAUCAUAGUCAAACAUAAAAACACGUUCCUUGUUGUCACAAUAUGAAGCCCCGGGAAAGAAGUAACCAAUGAACGAGCAUCUAAAUAUGAAAUUUCUGUAGCUUUCCUUUAUCUUCCGUCACAAUAAGUAAACCCCAGCAAAAAUUAGCCAAUCAAUGGGCAUGCUCUGGAGUGCGGGUAACUAAUACCUGCACUCCAGUUAACGCACUGUGCAUGUAUAUGUAUACGACCUAACUCUGACACAAUUUCAACAGAAAGGUCCCCAAACUAUGAUACAAGAUUUAGAAUGAUUUGAUGUUUUACUUUGUACAUAGCUUGUCUUCUUGUACCUUUUUGAAUGAUCAUAAACUUGUUAAAUAAAAUAAUUGUUUUAUGAAGCUUCGCUGUACGUUUUUUCUUGUGCUUGACUUACUUUGUUAUACUGUGUACAACAGAAGACAAAACUAGUAUAAUGCUAAUGAAAAUUAAAUUCAACGUAGAUAAAUAUAUUGCAACAUGUGUUUUCAUUCCCUGAGACUGAUUCAUAAAAUAAAAUAUUAGGUUGUAUAUACAUUAUAUU